UAUCCACCUGCGGCUGUCCAUAUAAAUUGCCCUCAACACACUUUCUCUCUCUUCGAUCGACACUGGCUCGCCCUUCAUCGAACGAGGCCCCAAUCUCUCUCUUUCGCUUCAAAGGUUUUCUUCGUUGGCUGCGGUUGGUUUCUUGCCUCCCCGAUCUUUCUAGGGGAUAUCCAAUUACAGUUGAAUCAUGGGCAAGAGGAAGUCAAGAGCAAAGCCGCCUCCUAAGAAGAGGAUGGACAAGCUGGAUACUGUCUUCUGUUGCCCGUUUUGCAACCAUGGGAGCAGUGUUGAAUGCCGCAUUGAUAUGAAGAACCUGAUUGGUGAAGCUGUCUGUAGGAUUUGCCAAGAAAGUUUCAGCACUACUGUCACUGCGCUUACUGAGCCUAUAGACAUAUACAGUGAAUGGAUUGACGAAUGUGAGCGCGUCAACAACCUGGAGGAGGAUGGUGCCUAGUCUUGUAGAGGGUGGUGAUGCUGAAAUUACUACUAGCUGGUAUGGAGAUGUUAUAUGCAUUCCCUUCGAGAAGAUGCAACUUGUAAGCUAUGGUAUUAUUAUAAGAUAUGGUAUUAUUAUGAAGAGUCUGGUGGUAACCUGUAAGAUAUGAGAACCUGUGGGGUUUUAAUGUGAAAUGAGGAGUUACGUUGCUUCUCGGUUGGUAUGUGCAGCAUGCAUCCUUUA